AUGUCCAAAAGACGUGAAGAUCGACUGAUGUUUAAAAAUUAAAAUUCAAAUUACUAGUUAGACUCAAAUUCUCUUGAUAUGAAAAAACAGUUCAAUUUUAAUAUUUAUGAACGUCAAACAUCUGCAGAACGUAAAUCUACUGAUAGUGGAUUGGGAAGAUAUUAUAACUCAUAUUACUAAAGGCCAUUACCAUAGAGAUCACCUGAUGAAUAUAAGUCAUUCACUAAUAAUUAAUUGAGCAAAAUACCUUCCUUUUUGAAUUACGAUAAAGGUGAUAAAUCUAAACGUUUUCCUUCAAAUGAUCUUCAAUAACAAGUGAAUUCAUUUUAGUAUCUUCCUAAAUAAUAAUACUCAUCAAUGCACGACCAAGAACAUUCUUAAAAACGAAAGUUUUAUUUGAAUGAAAUAGUAGAAUUGUAAAAAAGAUAAUAAAGUCCAACUAUUUUUUCAAAAAAACAAAGUCUUUUAGAUGGAGAUAGAACAUGGAUGCAUACCAAUUAAUAAUAGCAUUCAUUUUUUAGCCCUAAAAAUAAUGUUUAGCCUAAAUUAUCCAAAAAUGCUAGUGAUUACAUUUCAAAUUAUCGUCCAUUAACUUCACUUGAUAUUUAAAAUGAUAAAAACUUAACCAAAAUUCAAUCAUAAAAAUUUCAGCCAUAUGUGAACAACAAUUCAAAAUUUGAUAUUGGUAAACUGAGAAUGGAAUUGGAAUAAUAUAAGAUAAACAAUAAGAGCAGAAUAGGAGAUGGAGUAUCUAUUUUAAAAAAUAGGGAACAAUAUAAGGAUUAUCCUAAUACAUUCAUUAGAAGAGACGUUUCGCCUAAAUUAAACUUUAACUACAUCAAACCAAAAGUUGAGGAAACAAGCAAGGAUAUUUUAUUUAAUUAUAAACAACAAAAGCAGAGUUCUCCAUAAAAAUAGAUUCAAAGUUUUAAGGCUUCAGAAUUAGGAAAUCCAAAAAAACAGCCAUUUUAGUUAAUAAACCAAAGAAAUAAUUAAUAAGGGGUUUUAUCUGACAAUUAGAGAUUUUUAUAGGAACGAAGAAAGACUCCAGAAACAAAUAGAGUUGACGAGUUAAGAAAAUAGUUAUAUAGCACUUACAAGCCAUCAAAUAGAGAGUUAUUUUUUGAAUCACUAAAUAAGUCUACACCUUAUAAUAAGAUUGCAAAUUAGAGAGAACAAAAUUAGCAGUCUUCAAAUACUAGAGAGAAAGAUUAGAUAAAAUACAAGUUAGAUAAAAAAUUCAUCUGA